AGGAUGCUAUGCGCGCAAUCCCUACUGCGGCUUGCAGGACCACUUAUUGGCUGAUUUCGACACUCCUACAUGACUUCACGUCCUUCAUUGUACCGUAGUAUAUGCUAUCAAGAACAUGGAAUAACAGACGUAGCUGCACCACAAGGUAGAAUUCGUGAGAACUAGUUCCAUCUGCUGGGUAGAUAUCUGUGUUUUUGGUCAUGGCGGAUGAGAGGAAUGAUGUGCGUUCAGCUGCAGGUGCUGGAGUCUCCUCGCUCGGGAAGGCUCUGUCACACAACCGCUUGGACGUGCUCGACGCUGAUUUCUCUUCAGUACCAGCUGCAGCUCACCGGUGCGGUGCGACACAGAGUGCUCUCCUUAGGAGACUGUCGAGCGGGCAGAGCCUUGACUCGCUGGACUCGGUGUUGAGCCCAGCUGCAGAAGCGCGCGUCUUGGUUAUCAACACCGGAGGAACUAUCGGUAUGAUGUACCAUGACAAUGUGCUCGCCCCGCAGGCAAACGCAUUUGUAAAGGCUCUACGGAAGCUGCCCACCCUACAUGAUGAACUGUACGCCCAGCAAACCAGGCUUUAUGACUAUUAUGAUGCCACAGAGAACACUCUGGUCCUGCCGCUUUCAAACCUGAAUAAGAGAAUUAUCUACACAGUGAUCGAGUAUUGUCCUCUUUUGGACUCUUGCAACAUGACGACGGAUGACUGGGCAACGAUCGCUAAGGAUUUAUAUAAAUACUAUGAACAAUACGAUGGUUUUGUGGUACUGCACGGCACUGACACAAUGGCUUAUACAGCAUCAGCCCUGUCCUUCAUGUGUGAACACCUGGGAAAGACUAUCAUCCUUACAGGCUCUCAGGUGCCGAUCUAUGAGUUGAAGAAUGAUGGCCGUGACAACCUGUUAGGUGCCCUGCUUAUCGCUGGCCAGUUUGUGAUUCCAGAGGUCUGUCUAUAUUUUCACCACAAACUAUACAGAGGAAAUCGUGUCACCAAGGUGGAUGCUGGGAGUUUCAACGCUUUCUCCUCUCCUAACCUCCCUCCACUGGCAAAUGCUGAAGUUGAUAUAAAGAUUAACUGGGACACGGUUUGGAGAGCCAACACAACCAAAAAGUUUUUGGUUCAGACUAACAUGAACAGGAAUGUCGGACUCUUGCGCAUUUUCCCUGGAAUUACUUCUGAGACUGUCCGUGCUUUCCUGCAGCCCCCCAUGGAAGCUAUAGUUCUGGAGACGUACGGCAGUGGGAAUGCACCUGACAACCGUUUUGAUCUGCUGGAAGAGAUUAAAAAGGCCACCGACAGAGGGGUCCUCAUAAUCAACUGCACCCAGUGCCUGCGGGGCUCAGUCACAGAAACCUACGCCACGGGAAAAGCCCUCAGCAAAGCAGGUGUGAUAGCAGGGGGUGACAUGACACCAGAGGCGGCCCUCUCCAAGCUUUCGUACGUGCUGGGUAAAAGCAAUCUGAGUAUGGAAGAGAAACGAGAGAUGCUAAGUGAAAACUUAAGGGGAGAGAUGCUCGCACCACUUAAAGGAGCUACGUUCUCACUAAGAGACAGCAGAUUCAUUCAGGUCAUAGCUAAGUCUCUCAGUGUGAGCUGUAAAGAGGAGCUGGAGGCAGUCCGUGAUGCUUUAACGCCUGCCCUGGCUUGUGCAGCUGCUAAAAUUGGAGAUAUCGACGCCCUGGAAGCCAUUCGGGAAAUGGGCAGUAAUCUGAGCAGUGAAGAUUAUGACGGACGGACUCCACUUCAUGUCGCUGCAUGCGAGGGCCAACUGAAGGUAGUUCAGUACCUGCUUGGUCACGGAGCCACUGUCCAUGCCAAGGAUCGCUACAGUGACACACCACUCAGCAAUGCUGUCAAGUUCAGGCACAAGGAGAUUAUCGGUCUGUUAAGGCAGACAGGGGCCCAUCUUUCUCGUGAAGAGAUGGAGGUAGCAGGGACAGAACUUUGCAACUUGGCAGCAAAUGCUGACCUGGUAGGGCUUGAGAUUUGGGAGCUUGCUGGCGCUCGCAUGGAUGUGACCGGCUACGAUGGGAAAACUCCUCUGGAAGUGGCACAAGCAGCCGGGAAUGAGGAAGUGAUUGCAUUUUUUCAACAAACACAUCUGCGCAGAGGACAGCUACUGCCAGAUAAAAAUAACAAGGUAUUUCAGAAUGGAGAAUGUAUUGAGUUCACCGACCCUAGAAGAUCCUGAACACCUACUGUAGCAACAUCAAGAUAAUGGAAUCUGCGUGCUGCUGUUCAUCUAUAAUCUUAUAGGAGAUCAGCUUCAAAUAGACUCUACUGUAGAUCGCUGUCAUCACUAUAGUGGAAUACUUGCUCAGCGCCACACUAUCCUAAGCCCAAACUGAAUGUAAUAGAAGUCUUGUGUAUCCAUUUGUGAAAAAAGUAGAAGCUGAAAGACUGCUUUCGUUUCUGUUAUAUAUAACCUUAAAGUCAACUAAACAGGGUGCAGCAGUAUUUGCUGAUUUGUUUAAAACAAGGUGUAGACAGAAGUCUUUAAAAAAGAACUUUGUUCAUGUAAAACAUUUGAACUUGUGUUUUUAUUUUAUUUUUUUAAAUCAAAUUUGUUGUCAGGUGGAACUACUCAGAAUGAUUACAAACAUGAAUUUGCAAGGGGAAGGUUAUAAUAAACAAAUAAAUCAAUACAUAUAUAUUUGGAAAUGAAAGAAGGAUUGUGCAUGCAGUUCUAAAUGCUGUAAUUACAGUAAGUUGAAGCAGGUAUUCUGUAUUAAGGCCAGUAGAUAGAGCCAGGUGGAGUCUGCAGGGACUUACGGACAAGAAGAUGAUUUAUUAUGAAGGAAUAACCCAUUGGACCAGAAGAAAUGAGGAACAAACCUGGUUUAUUAAUACCACAUUUAUAUUUGCAUUACAGUCAACUCUUAAUUAUCCAUUGGCGGAUUAUCCAGGUUGCGUAUUAAGCAUGCUUGCAAAAAAGGAAUUAAAAUACAGGCAUGCUAUACAGUACGCAUUCUUUUACGCAUAUAUGGGCUCCAUUAUUAGGUCAAUGACUCAAACAUGUUGGCAACGUGUGGUUCAAUUCAAGAAAACCUUGAAAUAUGGAAUUGGUGAACAGAUGGGUCAUGAUUUUAUAAAAGGAACACUUGAUUUCAUACACGAGUAGCUCUGAUUCUUCAAGCAGUUUGUCUAAGAGGAAAUCAAUGAAAAAAUCAAGGAUGACUGACUACUUUAAGAAACUAUAAAGCAAGUACAGUAUAGUAUAUAUGUUUUUUUUUUAGGUUUUGCAUUAUCCGUCGUCUUGUUUUAUCUAGGGUAUCCCUCCCUUCCAUUACCCUGGAUAAUCCAGAGUUUACUGUAUAUUAUUGUGGAAAUUGCUCACAAAAAGUCAAACGGGUAAAAGUAUGAGAAUUAAUGCAUAUUUUAAAAAAUAACCUACCAGACUGGAGACAAUCAUUACUAACAAUCAUGUUUAGUAUAAAAGCAACCAUUCUAUUACUAGCCAAGAUCUAAAUCACAAAGUUUGAAAAAACUAAAGCUCUUGUCAUAAGUCAGCUACAUGUUUUUAUUUGAAUGGAUUAAAUCUGCACUUGCAUAGUAUUCUGUUAGACAUUCUACUAUAUAUGAUGUCACCAUGUAAAUUAUAUUUGGACAGCAGAAUUAAUAUAGAAACUGCCCUUUCUGCUUGUACUUGGUCCUGUAGACCUGUGUCACUGGUGAACACAGAUUGUAACAUGUUUUUAUUGAGAUUUGUUAUUUCAAGUAAUUUUAUUGUGUACUGUGACUUAAUUUGUGUGGCUGUUUCAUUAUGUAAUGUUCCUCUCUCAACACCUAUAUGCUGUAAACCGAGUGUUUAAUCUAAAUGGUAUUAUUUCUAAAUGAUUCUAAAUGUUUAGAAUUGUGUUUUUCAUGCACAAGGAGACUGUCUAUGAUUUGCCCUCAGUUGACCUCACAGUUAUCCCAACAAAUAUAAAAACAUUCAGACUUAAAUGUUUUAUUAGUAUUAUAAUGGAUUGAUUUUACAUCGUAAGAAAGUGUAUUGUGUAUUUGUUCAAAUAAAAAUAAAAUAAAGAUUUCAAUUGA